UCUCUCUCACAGCAAAUACGUUGUGAUAAACGCCUUCAGUAUAUGGCAGUAUAGCACUUCAAUUUUAUUGAUUCGUACGGUUUCGAUUGAAAUAAUUUUAUUGUUUUGAAAGUGCGUUGAACGGUUUUAGUUCUCACGAUUACUCACGAAUCACUUACAUUCCUACCAGUGAUAUAUCUUGUACUUAGCUGUUUAUUAAUAAUUUUAUAACAAAAUGGCAGAAUACACAGUUCCUCAAAAUCAGGAGCAGCAGGUAAAAACGCUGAAGAGGUUCCUGGAGGGGUGGCGCAUGGCUGUUCUGCCGAUGAAAUCGGUCAUCUUGUGGGAACAGCAGUGGCAUCCAUGUGCUAUUGUUGGUUCUGUUUCCUUUCUCUAUUUUCUAAUUUGGUUAAUGGAUCUAAAUUCUCUUGCAACUUUUGCUGUUAUUGGCCUUUUUCUGAAUUUUGUUGACUUCAUUGUUCCUGUAAUAUGCAACUCCCUUUAUGGACCCACUUCUUGGACUGGACAGCAUGAAAAGACAUAUGAAGACAUUUGCAAAAGUAUUGUGGCUAGCUACAAUAAAGCUUUGCAUAAUGUUCGAAUGUUCUACUCCAUGAGGGAAUCCAGCCCUUGUAUGUACUACAUACUUUCCAUCAGCCUGCUGAUAACAUUGGCAUGGGUGGCAUCCUCUAUUAACAACACAUUCCUGCUUUAUGUCAUGUCUAUAACCAUGCUGCUCUGGCCUGGUGUCCGACACCGGGGCAUCUUCAACACUCUCCUGUCCAUGGUCAACAUGGCUCCCAAAACUUACCUUAAAACCGAGUGAACCAAGUUAUUUUUAUUUAGCUUUUAAAUAUAAUAUGUGAUUGGUCUGGUCAUAAGUUUUAAGUUUAAGCUUAGCUUAUUAUGAGCUUUAAAUUACUGUAUGUGUGAUAUACUUUACGAUAUUAAAGAGCCAAAGCCUUAGAACUUG